AUGGAGAGUGUUAGCGUGUAUGGAUUCUGUGGCUGCAAAGGAAAGAGCAAAGUGAAGUGUGACUCCAAGUGGGAAAUAACAGCGGCAGAAACGGCCCCCACAUCUGCAUAUUCAUCUCCAGCACGGAGUCUCGGGGACACAGGAAUAACACCCCUGUCCCCUUCCCAUAUCUUGAACGAUGCUGACCCCGUGUCUGAGCAGCAGACCUUUCUCGUGGUGGUGGCCAUCGACUUUGGGACCACGUCCAGUGGCUAUGCCUACAGCUUUACCAAGGAGCCAGAAUGUAUCCAUGUGAUGAGGAGAUGGGAAGGAGGUGACCCUGGUGUUUCCAACCAGAAGACCCCGACCACCAUCUUGCUGACACCAGAGAGGAAGUUCCACAGCUUUGGGUAUGCUGCCAGGGACUUCUACCAUGACCUGGACCCCAAUGAGGCCAAGCAAUGGCUAUACUUGGAGAAGUUCAAGAUGAAACUACACACCACAGGGGACCUCACCAUGGACACAGACCUGACAGCAGCAAAUGGCAAGAAAGUCAAAGCCCUUGAGAUCUUUGCUUACGCCCUGCAAUACUUUAAGGAGCAGGCUCUGAAGGAGCUGAGUGACCAGGCAGGGUCGGACUUUGAGAACUCUGACGUCAGAUGGGUCAUCACUGUACCUGCCAUCUGGAAGCAACCAGCCAAGCAGUUCAUGAGAGAAGCUGCCUACCAGGCAGGCCUGGCCUCCCCCGAGAACUCGGAGCAGCUCAUCAUUGCCUUGGAGCCCGAGGCCGCCUCCAUCUACUGCCGGAAGCUGCGGCUGCACCAGAUGAUCGAGCUCAGCGGCAAGGCAGUGGCCAAUGGGUACAGCGCCAGUGACACAGUAGGAGCGGGGUUUGCACAGGCAAAGGAACAUGUUCGUCGCAACCGGCAGAGUCGGACCUUUUUGGUGGAGAAUGUCAUAGGAGAAAUCUGGUCUGAGCUGGAAGAAGGGGACAAGUACGUGGUUGUUGACAGCGGUGGAGGCACGGUAGACCUGACCGUCCAUCAGAUACGGUUACCAGAGGGGCACCUCAAGGAGCUGUACAAAGCAACCGGUGGACCGUACGGAUCCCUGGGAGUAGAUUACGAAUUUGAAAAACUGCUUUGUAAAAUAUUUGGAGAAGAUUUUAUCGAACAGUUCAAGAUCAAGCGCCCGGCAGCCUGGGUUGACCUAAUGAUCGCCUUCGAGUCUCGCAAAAGAGCUGCUGCUCCGGAUAGAACCAACCCCCUGAACAUCACCCUGCCCUUCUCCUUCAUUGACUACUACAAGAAGUUCCGGGGCCACAGCGUGGAGCAUGCCUUGAGAAAGAGCAAUGUGGACUUUGUGAAGUGGUCCUCCCAGGGUAUGCUGAGGAUGAGUCCGGAUGCCAUGAACGCCCUCUUCAAGCCGACCAUUGACAGCAUCAUCGAGCACCUCCGAGACCUGUUUCAGAAGCCUGAGGUAUCCACCGUCAAGUUCCUCUUUCUGGUGGGUGGCUUUGCAGAAGCGCCCCUUUUGCAGCAGGCGGUGCAGGCUGCCUUUGGCGACAAAUGCAGGAUCAUCAUCCCUCAGGAUGUGGGCCUCACCAUCCUCAAGGGCGCCGUCCUCUUUGGCCUGGACCCUGCCGUUAUCAAGGUGCGCCGGUCCCCUCUCACCUACGGAGUGGGCGUGCUGAACCGCUACGUGGAAGGGAAGCACCCUCCCGAGAAGCUGCUCGUAAAGGAUGGCACGCGUUGGUGCACCGACGUCUUUGACAAGUUCAUCUCUGCUGACCAGUCUGUGGCCCUCGGGGAGCUGGUCAAGCGUAGCUACACUCCAGCCAAACCUUCCCAGCUGGUCAUCAUCAUCAACGUCUACAGCUCCGAGCACGAUGAUGUCAGCUUCAUCACUGACCCGGGGGUGAAAAAAUGUGGCACGCUCCGCUUGGAUCUCACGGGGACCGGAGGCACAGCCGUUCCCGCCCGCAGAGAAAUCCAGACCCUUAUGCAGUUUGGGGACACUGAGAUCAAGGCCACAGCCGUCGACAUAGCCACUUCAAAGAGUGUCAAAGUGGGGAUCGAUUUCUUAAAUUACUAAUGUAACUGUCCCUCCUGGCCACUAGCCCCCUGGGACUCAUCUGCAUUUGCUGACCUCAGCCUUGACUGUUCUGUCCCCAACCCUGACCCUUGCCAUUGCCCACCUGCAUUUCAGUAGGAAAGAACCAAGGUGAAGAUUAACUAAGGAUUCUUUUUAAGGAUACACCGGAGCAAGAAAAACUCAGAAGUCAACAUCACGAUCUGGAAAUAGGGAGUUUGAGGACCCCAAGAGCAGCCAGCUUUCUAGGGUCCCUGAAUGGCUAAACAGCCCCUAGGGAGGACUGGGUGCAGCCUGCUUUGAAGAGGCCUCUGAAAGGGAGGGCUUAGGAUACCCACUGCAAGCUGGGGGAUGGGGGAGGAGGAGAUAGUCAUUGGAGGUCUUUUUAAAUUAUCUUGGAUGGCGGUGAAUAGGAAAUACCAGCUUCCUGCAGAGUUAAUUUGUUCUCCUUAUCAUGGGGCUCACAGUGGUGACUCAGUGGCAACUUACAGUAUUCUUUUUUUUUUUUUUUUUAAGCUGGUGGGAGAACACCGCCUACACCAGGCACUGUUUCAGGUUUUCAUACAAUUUAGAUUCCAAGGAGGCUCAGUGAAGGUUAGGGCAACCUUGGCUAACUCACCCAGGAUGGGGUGGGGGUAAGAGUGUGGAUACCUCAAUUUUUCCAGAGUAGGUAAAACUUGCUUUGGUGGAAAUACACACUGAAGAGUUAGUGAUGUACCCCAAAUUACAACAGUCACCUUUUUUUCUGGAGAGUAUACAUUUUGAGAUUCCUCAGUGGAUGACCAAAGGUGUGGCUAGUACCAAACCUUAUCUAUACUAUGUUUUUUUCUAUACUUACUACAUACCUAUGAUAAAGUUCAAUGUAAUAAAGUAGUAAGAGAUUAGCAAUAGCAACUAAUGACAAAAUAGGACAAUUAUGAAAACACUUUGAUAAAAUGUAUAUGAGCAUGGUCUAUCUCAGUAUAUCCUAUUACUAUAUGACACCACUGUGCAUUUUCGGACCACAGUUAAUUGAAAACCCAGUAAAUGAAAACACAGAUCAAAAAGUAAUUGCCAGACCAAUAAAGCUUGAGUUCACAGGUCAUACAUAAUUCUAGGUGACCUUAGUAGGAACUUAACUGGAGAAAAUAAAGUUUCUAUUUGCUCUGUUUAUAUCUGUCACCACACCCAGAAAUCCAAAACAGCCUUGCAAGCCGUGCACAGUUUCAGUUAACCCCUUUCUUCCUCCCCUCCCCAAUUCUUCAUCCCACUGUAAGGAAAUACAAAAAGAGGUUCUGUUCCAUGAAAUGUCUCCAUCAAACCUGGAGCUUUUCAAAUUCACCUAAAAAGAGUUAUGUAAACCUAGACCUGGUAAAUGGAGGCAGCCCUGUGGCUCUCUAGCCUCAGAAUCACCUGGUGCUUGCCAAGAGCAGUUCCUGAACCUAAUCCCUUUCAGACAGCGCAGACUCUGGAGGAACAGGGUCUGAAGUUUUAGUGUUGGAAUGUGAGAAUUCCCUCCAAGCUGAAGUGACCACAGACCACAGUGUGUGGCCUUAACAAUCCCUGUCAGAUUUCCCUCAGGGAAGAGAGCAUGAACCUACACUCUGCCCUCUAGGUAGGAGGGUUGGAGAUCCACCUGCCCUCGGAGGUUGUUGCCCAUUUAACCCUCACAGGAAGGAUCAGAGAAGGAAAAAGACAGCAGGAGUAAAACCAUGACAAUGAAGCCUCCCAAGGAGCCGGCCAGGCUGUGUUCUUCCCUCUGUGUAAGGCUACCAGGUUCUGUGUUCUUCCCUCAGUGUAAGGCUAGUCUCGCCAACAUUAUUCCGGAGCCAAGUGAGGAUAAAGAAUCAAGAAUCUGACUCAUAGUCCUUCUUAUUGUUUAAAAAUGUCUUUCCCACCUGCUGGAAUUCAUCCUGAUUUCAAAUCACUGGAAGCAUGGAUAUGAAUGGGUGGACGGACAGAUGGACAGAUGGAUGAAUGGACGGAUGGAUGGAUGGAUGAAUGGAUGGACGGACAGAUGCAGAAUGAGAGAAGGGACUUCAAAUGCAAGUUGGAUUUGUGAACCAUCAUCAUAGCCACCAAUAUGCAGAUUUUAAAUAGCAUUUUAAGUUUCAAUCUAUUGUCUUCUCCGCACCGCUUGCUGUAGAACUCCCUGCCACAAUGUAGAAAAAAAAAAAAAAAAAGCUAUCAAACCACAGAACAAGCGGGAACCCCAAAUCGAAUGGCAGGGUCCCAAAUCCAGACCUCAGGAUGCUUGCUUUCUAGGACUCCUGCUAACCCUGCUUCUAGCUCAUGGGUGUUUCCAGUCACGGUCCUCAAAUAGACUUUCAAUUUUGUUAUAAUGGAUAUAAUUUUAUGUACAUAGAACACCAGAAUCUUGUACAGAGUCUUUAUUUCUACUUGUGCUUGUUUGGAAAGGAAAACACUCUUAAUUUUGGUUAAUAAUGCUGCUGCCUGUAAGCUCCACAGCUGCAUUUCUUGACUGCUCUCACUGGUUGCUGUCUGUGCUGUGACCCCGCAGUGGACUAUGUAUGCAAGACUGAGCAAUAGACAGAGGUGCCUUGGGUCAGAUUAUUCUGAUCACACAGACUACCCAGAUGGACAGCGUCAUCAGACCCUUCCACACCUGCACACCCUACCCAAAGCUGAAGAGUCUCUGCAUAAAGAGUGAUGUAGCCAUUCUCCCGUCCGGACUUUGCGAGCUGAACGUACUGGUUCUAGAAACAGUGCCUACCAAAACACUUUGUGUCUGGUAGGGUGGCAUGCUUCAUGAUCAGAGGAACCAACUGGUCCAUGGGCCAAGGUUUCCAUAGGGUCGAAUGAGUGGGAGCAGUGUAGCCGAGUCCUUCUUUUCCUGGCUAAUGUAAAGCACUCCUUACCUUAUAUCUCUUUGCCUCCUAUGUUGCUUACACAAGCUGAUAGAAAUCUGCAUUGUUAGCAAACUGAUGAUGGAGAAAGGGUGUGAUUUUACUGGACUUCCUUCGGGCCCAGAGAUACAGUCCCAGUAGCCAAACUCUUAGUAAAGAUCUCCAAUCUAUCCCUACCCUGACUGAAAUAACCCUACUAGGAACACUGGAUGAGGACACCUGGAACACAUUUCCCAGUCUUAGAAAGUUCCAGGAGGUCUGUGGUCUUGGCCGAUUGUCCUUUGCAUAGAUUAUCUGGUCACUUAACUAACCUUUCCUGUACACAGCAGGUGUUCAUAAAUGCAGAGUGACAGGCAGUAGGAAAGAGGAGGUGCUACAGAAGAGGUUCUGGGGAGCCAUGGCUGAGCCCAGGUUACAGAGCCUGCCCCACCCUUAGAAUGUUACUUAGACCAAGUUUAGCUUUUAGAGUCCAGGUCUGGUUAAUUGCCAGGGUAGCAAAGUAUUGCAUGCACCAAUAUAAACAGGAGUCAAAAUGCAUUAUUAAUCGACGAUGAACUUCACACUGUAGUGAUGUAAUAGUUGUGAUUAGGUUGCUCAGUACGUAUGCCGGGGAAUGGCUUGAGUGGAUGGCUAGUAUAAAAGUUGUUGGCCAUAAUAUCUCUUAACACCUCUCAUCUGCUUGCGAUAUGGAACAAUAUCCUAAGAUCUCAACCACUGGGAAUCUUGUCCGCUACAAGAUAGAGCCAAACUUCACAGAAUUUUGCAGCAAGUUCACAACUAGACGGGAUUGUGUCUGCGAACUCUGUCUUUACGGAUUCUAAUAAAGUAAAACUCAAUUUCACGUC